AUGACGAUCUAUAUUGCCUCGCUGUUUCUUCCAUACACUGUCAAUUUCGACCUCCAGGAAUCGCGAGACGCCCCGCCCCGCACCACAAGUUCGCCUUCCCCCAAGCCUUUGGUUGAAACUGCAACACCAGCUCCCCCCACCGGCGUAAGCCUGUUCGAACAACAGACCACCCCCCAGAAAGUUGGCCUCACACCGGGCGCCACGACCGAGCAUGAACGUAUCUUUUCGUCCACUCUCGCCAAGGCGGAACAGGAGCAGACCGGGUAUCCGUUCCCCUCUCAGGCAAACGAAACGCAUCUCACGGCAGGGAGCGAAGGUCAUUCACCUGCGUGGGGCUCUACACUGUCCUUGAAUCAACCCAAACCACGGGCGGCAAUUCCUCCGUCGCCGUCGAUUCUCAAGCAUCAGGAGCCUAUCGUUCCCGCGCCCGAGCCUCCUCGCGAGAGACCGGCCAGAGAACUACACGCUUCCUCCAUACAACCAAUCCAUUCUCCCAGCCGUCGCAGGGACUCAACGCGGAAGUUGUCCUUUUCCGGAGCCCGUUGGACCAUCCAGACAGCUGAACAAGGUAAUGGCGGGCUGCGCAAUGCGGUGCGGUCCGCGACAGAUGCCGGACAGCUGGAAGACCAGGUCUGGGUCGGCACGUUGGGAAUGCCCACGGAUGCUCUAUCUGCGUAUACCAAAGCGGCAAUCGCGGAAAAGUUACGUGAUGAAUAUGGAUCGUUGACCGUCUACGUUAGUGACGGUGAUUUUGACGGCCAUUACACCCACUUCUGCAAAACGAUCCUCUGGCCGGUAUUUCACUACCAAAUCCCGGACAACCCGAAAAGCAAAGCCUAUGAAGACCAUUCUUGGAUCUAUUAUGUGAAGACCAACCAGGCCUUUGCCGAACAGAUCGCGAAAAAUUGGAAGCGCGGAGACUCAAUAUGGGUUCAGGACUACCACUUGCUGCUGGUUCCGGCCAUGCUCCGUAAACUUCUGCCAGAUGCCCAGAUCGGAUUCUUUCUUCACAUCGCUUUUCCGUCGUCCGAGGUAUUCCGUUGCUUGGCGCCCCGCAAAGAGCUCCUUGAGGGAAUCUUGGGGGCUAACCUGGUGGGAUUCCAAACCGACGAGUACUGCCGUCACUUCCUCCAGACGUGCAGUCGCAUUCUCUGCGUUGAGGCCACAAAUGACGGCAUUCAGCUAGAAGAUCGAUUUGUCAACGUGAACAAGUUCCCCAUUGGAAUCGACCCCACCUCAUGGGAUAAACGCCGCCAGGCUACCGACGUUGAGCACUGGAUUAAAACAAUUUCGGAGCGCUAUGAGGGCAAACGACUAAUCGUGUCUCGUGACAAGAUUGAUCAAGUCCGGGGUAUCCGGCAGAAACUUCUUAGCUAUGAGCUUUUCCUGAACACAUAUCCCGAGUGGAGGGAUCAGGUGCGUGCCGAAGCUAAUGCUAUUGUCGUGUGA